AUGUGGCGGUCAUGCUUCGACUUACUUAUACUGUUCGUUCUCCUGUUUCCUUCGCAAUGCUCAUCUGAUUCUAAUCAGAAAAUAAACCCUUUCGAUGUAAAUGAUCCAAGAUCCCGUCUUGUGAUGAUUGAUGGUAAUAUGUAUUUUCAUGCUGCGCGACAGAAAAACAUAUCGUUCAUAGCUGGUACCGGUGGCUCAAUUUAUUUUGGCGAGAAAAAUCUUAACUUAUUGCCAGAGUUGACUGAAUUUGAAAUUGUGAAGGAGGAAGUGGACAAGACUAAGGGUCGCGUUCAUCAGCUAAUGAAAAUGGCUGAUUUAUUCAAACAACAGAUAAAAUCGAAAAGUGGCGAUGUUGCAGCUUUGAAUAGAAAAGUUAGUUGA